AGAGGCGUGAGCAGGUGGAAGCCGCUCCGUGUCGCUGCUGCUGCCCUUCAUAUGAAACACAAUCCCAGUGGGGAGGAAGAAACUCUGCCCAGCAAGCAAGCAAGCAAACAGGGCAAGGCAAGGAGAAAUUAACUUAAUUCAUAAGCGCCAAUUGUUGUGAGACAGCGAAGAGAAAAAGAAGAGGCCAGCUCUUAAUAGAGGAGGGUGGAUUUACGCGUCUGCCUAUCUCUGAAGAGGAAGCGCACAAACAAGCGAAGAGAGGAAAAAAAAAAACUUGGUGAAAUGACCGGAGCUCUGUGACACUGAGCCUGACAACCCGGUGAAUCGAGUUUUUCUUUUCCCUUUUUUUCCCCUCCUCUCUCUCUCAAACAAGUGCUCUCAUUUUUUUAGUCAGUGUCGCUCUCACAGCACCAAGAGUAGGAGAAGGACCGGGCUCACGGGGAAUGAACUCUUAAGAGAGCUCUAUAAUAAUCAUCUGUGGACGUUGACUGCGAUUUUAGAUAUAUAUAUAUAUAUAUAUAUAUUAUUAUUUUUUUAAUAAUAAAAAAAAGGAGUUGUUUCUCAAGUCCGAGGCAAUGGGGGAGCAGCCGAUCUACACCACCAGGGCUCAUGUCUUCCAAAUCGACCCAACCACCAAGAAGAACUGGGUUCCUGCCAGCAAGCAGGCUGUCACUGUCUCCUAUUUUUAUGACAGCACACGCAACAGCUACCGCAUCAUCAGCGUGGAUGGAACUAAGGUGAUCAUCAACAGCACCAUCACACCCAACAUGACGUUCACCAAGACGUCACAGAAGUUUGGCCAGUGGGCAGACAGCAGGGCCAACACUGUGUUCGGUUUGGGCUUCUCUUCAGAGCAGCAGCUCACUAAGUUCGCUGAGAAGUUCCAGGAGGUAAAAGAAGCAGCCAAGCUAGCGAGGGACAAAUCUCAAGAGAAGGUGGAGACAAUGAGUAAUCACUCCCAGGAGUCAGGACGUGAGACACCGUCAACCAAUCAGGCGUCCAGCAUCAAUGGGACAGAUGAUGAGAAAAUCUCUCAUGUCGGUCCGGAGGCUGCGCUGCUGCAGAACGAGAACGAACUCCUCAAGAGUGCAGUAGAGCAGAGCAACACCAACGCCAAGAAGUGGGAAACAGAGCUGCAGACUUUAAGAGAAAAUAAUGCCAGGCUGGUGGAUGCACUGCAGGAGUCCUCAGCUAAUGUAGAAAGCUGGAAGAAACAACUUAGUGCCUGCAAGGAGGAGAGUGACACGCUCAGGGAAAAGAUCGCAGAACUAGAAGCGCAGUGUAAUGAAGGCAAUCAGGAGAAGCAGAAAAACGCCCAGUUGAGUGCACGAGUGCAAGAGCUGGAGACCGAGCUACAUGAGAAAGAGCAGGAACUGGAGAACCUGAGGAAGCAGGCGGAGAUAAUCCCUCAGCUCAUGGCGGAGUGUGAGACCAUCACCGCCAAACUGCAGGCUGCAGAGACGACGAACAAGGAACUGGAGGGGAGGAUAGAGGGUCUUCAGCUGGACGUGGAGGAGAGUCAACAGAAGCAGGGCAACAUGAAGGGCGAGCUGAAGAAGUUCAUGGAUAUUCUGGAUGGAAAGAUAGACGAGCUGCAUGAGUUCAGGCAGGGGCUCUCCAAGCUAGGUGUUGAUAACUGAGAAAAAAAGUGGCACUGUGCCGAGAGGGUCGGAGGUCAGGUACGAAGGAUUCACUACAGUAUGUCUUCAGGGCAGAAACUAUGUGGCACCUACUCCCCCAAAGUGAUGUCCACUCAGAAACAAUCAGCUUUGGCUACUAAUAAACACUACCAUGUGAGAAAGAAAUGUUUUUGGAGAGAGAGAGCGACACUGGCACACUAAAAGGAGGGCCAGCAUGCUCCAACAAAUGGCUCCAUUUUGUGCGCUGGCAUUCUGAAACUAAAUCAAGAGUCACACUUUGAGCUUACUUUUCCAUUUCUGUGGGGGGAAACGGUUUUAAAAAGCUGGUGGUGGGUUCUUAGAUUCUGUCCAUCUGUCUUUUUUUCUCAAGGCUGCAGCAGAGUAGAAGAAAGGACUUAAAAGGGCUAAAACGAAUAACACACAAAGACAAUGCUGUUCAGCAUCACUCAAGUAAUAAUUGGUGUUAAUCCUUGUGGCCCCUUCAGAGAUCUAGAGAUGAAAUAUUUCUAUAGACUGUCCUCGCUGUUGCCUCUUGUCUAUCUCAGGUGUGUUAGGAGACCGUUUGUACUCAUUCAAUUAUAUGCACAUAUAUGACACACGGCCGUGACACAAAGUGCCUCCAGGUGAGUCUAAUUCUACCUGGAAAGGAGAAGUGGCCAAGUGAUGACUGUCACCAUAAUAAUAACUUGAAGCUUUUUUUUUUUUGUGAGAAAACCUGAUGAAAAAAUGAUCACGUUGAAAAACACAAUCAUCCUUUUUAAUAAAUUGAUAUGGAAAACCCAGGCAGGCGAGCCCAUCUUGAGAAUGUUAAUGUUGUUAAUGGAUGUUAAUGCGGUGAGAAACACAAAGGAGGAAACAGGUGUUUGCACAAAAACUACUGAGGAAGGACCGGAGCAGGAAUCCAUCAGCUCUCUUGUGGGUGUUUUCACUAAACAGUCCUUUUGAUAAUAUUUGCAUAAAGAAGGAACAUUUUCUCAUCUCAGGAGCUUUCCUGCAGAAACGUAGUCAUCCAAAAAUAAUAAUAAGAACCCCAUUUUGCCAUGACUGUAGUGUAGUGUUUAAAUGACUUGUGUGUGCAACAGUAUUUUGUCCAUUUGUAGAACAAAGACGUCUGUCUCUCCAAGGCUGUUGAUGUGCUUCCUACACACUGGUUUUUGUUAUGGUGGUGGUUAUUUUUGGGUGAGGGGACUUGGUGCUGUUCGAUGGGUGACUAAAUGUGAAAGUGUACUUCACUGAAAAUGGUUAGCUGACAUGGACCCUUUUCACUACAAUCCUGUCAGAUUCUUGGUUUUUGGUUUUACAUAUUUAUUUAUUUUGGUGCCUCUCUGCCACUAGUGUUUCUAGAAUAAACCAAGUAAAUCAACAUCGAGCCUCCACAGAUGUACAAUAACAUAUUAAAUAUACCAAAUUGUCUGGCUUCAUAAGUUUAAUCAUGGAGGACAUUUUUUCAGGAUGAUGGUGUUCAAAGCUGCUUUUUACAGCAGUGUGCUGUUUUGAAACAUUUAAAAUCACAGGAACAUGUUGUGGUGACAUAUUUACUGGAUAAUACUGAUGAUGUUAUGAGUCUUCAUUUUUAAUCACUGUUCUGAUCUUGAGAUUGAGGUCAUGAGAUUGAGCUGUCUAUAAAGGGACUUUUGCUUAUUAUCUCUCUUUGAGCCCUACUGUUCAUAAGUCACCUGAACCUGCAUAACACAAAGUAUGAUCCUUCCUUUUGAACCAAUGCCUCUUGUAAACUUUUGUGACUUCUGUUCAAUAUUGUACAAUAGAACUGACAAUUGUUAAAAUUUAGUUUAAUUACAA